GGCGCGGCUGAGGAAGUAAAAUGGCGGACCUGGCGAACGAAGAAAAACCUGCCAUUGCUCCACCCGUCUUUGUAUUUCAGAAGGAUAAAGCACAGAAGGAAACAGCUCCCAAUCACCUACUCUUGCUUAGACUGUUCUGAAGUCCCUUCUGAGUUGCAUCAUGUCCCCUGCAGAGCAAAAAGCUUUGUCGGAUACAGGCGAGGACCCCCAGGCAGAGGUUGAGCCCCCCUACCAUGAUCUGGGUCACACAGAACCAGCUGGUGAGUGCGAUUCUGAGCACCCUGCUCCUGCUGUGGCCUCAGUCAGUGCUACCCUGAGUCCUGCUUCUGAAGCCCAGCUUGCUCCUAUUCAACAAGAACUGGCAGGGAGAUCUGCAGAUGGAUCAAGUCCAGAAGAUGGAGAUGAAUCUGAUCGAGAGGAUGGAAGCUACUGUCCACCUGUAAAACGUGAGAGAACUUCAUCUUUGACUCAGUUCCCUCCUCAGUCAGUAACAAAGAACAAUGUCUUUAUGCCAUCAAGCUUCUGUGAACCCUCUACAGGCAAUUCUGACUCAGAACCAGAGGAAAAGAGCAGUGGAUUCCGGCUGAAGCCACCAAUACUUAUCCAUGGUCAGGCACCUAGUGCAGGUCUCCCUAGCCAGAAACCGAAGGAACAGCAGAGAAGUGUGCUUCGUCCAGCAGUAUUACAGGCACCGCAGCCAAAAGCUUUCUCACAGAUGGUUCUCAGCAGUGGCACCAAUGGUGUAAAUAUCCCUCCAGAUUCUGCAGCCACAUCAGAAUCAUCAAGUGAUGCAACACUGAAAAGUUCAGACUUGGAAGACAAGGCAGAAGAAUGUCAGAAAAAAGAGUCAAACAGUACUUCAGAUGAUGACAGCUGUGAGAAGGCUGAACUAAACGCACAGCAAGCAUUUGUUUUUGGGCAAAAUUUAAGAGAUAGAGUUAAGCUAGGAGAUGAAAGUGAUGAAACUGCUGAUGUGCCAAAUGCCGGCCUUCUGACAUCAGAUAUACCUUCUGCAACAAACUAUUUUCUACAGUACAUCAGUUCCAGUGUAGAGAAUUCUACGAACAGUGCAGAUGCAUCUAGCAACAAGUUUGUUUUUGGACAGAACAUGAGUGAGCGAGUCCUAAGUCCACCAAAAUCAAAUGAAGGUAGUACAGAGAGUAAUAAGGAGAAUGCUGCUACGGAAUCUGGAUCUGAAUCAUCUUCUCAGGAGGCCACACCAGAAAAAGCUAAUAAUAUUUCAGAAUCGCUGGCAGAGUCUGCAGCAGCUUAUACUAAAGCAACAGCAAGGAAGUGUUUAUUAGCGAAGGUAGAAGUGAUUACUGGGGAAGAAGCUGAAAGUAACGUAUUACAGAUUCAGUGCAAGCUGUUUGUAUUUGAUAAAAUCUCUCAGUCUUGGGUGGAAAGAGGUCGAGGGCUUCUGAGACUCAAUGAUAUGGCAUCAACAGAUGAUGGAACAUUACAGUCUCGACUGGUGAUGAGGACUCAGGGGAGUCUCAGGCUAAUCUUAAAUACCAAGCUGUGGGCUCAGAUGCAGAUCGAUAAAGCCAGUGAGAAGAGUAUUCGGAUCACCGCCAUGGAUACAGAGGACCAAGGAGUUAAAGUUUUUCUUAUAUCAGCAAGCUCUAAAGAUACAGGGCAGUUGUAUGCUGCAUUGCACCAUCGGAUCUUGGCCUUGCGCAGUAGAGUGGAACAAGAGCAAGAAGUCAAGAAUGUAGCACCUGAGCCAGAGGUAACGCAGUCAAAUGAGGAAGACAGUGAUGAUGAUGUCAUUGCACCUUCAGGAUCAGUUGGAAGUGGUCCUAAUGGUGAAGGUGAGGGGCAGAACAUUGGCAGCACAUAGCAGAUGUGAGCCGUUCUGCUUGCAAGGCUGCUGUGAACACCGUCUUGCAGGCAUCUCUGGAUACCCAGGCCAGCGAUUAUUUCAGGCGGUAUUGAAAGCUCCAGGACUUAAGAACUGUGCAUCUCUGUUCUGUUUGUUUGGGUUUUUGGUCUGGAUCAGUAGAUUCUAUACAAAAAAAAGCAGACUUGGAAACUACCUGAAUGUGGUUUGGGACGUUGAAAGCUCAUCAUAUUGAUGAGCAAAAAAAAAAAAAAUCCAACCCCAAAACAACAAAACCACAAAAUGCAACCAUCCCCCCCCAACCAUUUCUCCUCUUCCUUGUUAUUAAAAUGGCACAUUACACCUUGUCACAGCUUUUCAUUGGGACCUUUUGGCUGUUUCUUCAGUGGUUCAUGUCUUGCAGGUCUCCAAGAUAGAACUUUUCAACGCGGUUCCAAUUUGAUUUGAAUUCUGCUUUUAUAAUCCCUCCUUCCCUUUACGCAGGGAAACACAAAACACAGUCUUCACCAGCUCCUAUGCUUACUGGCUCCUUUUGGGUUCUUUUUUUUUUUUUUCCUUUUUUUUUUUUGGACUGCAAAUGGGGCAGGUUAUGUUUUUACCUUCUAAUCCCAACAUAGUUGUGGAUGUGGAUGCCAUUGUUUGCUGUCUAGUGGGUUUGUAAACAGAAAGAAACAAAACAUUGUGGUUCACCAGAAAAGCUUUUUUAAUGCAGACUUUAAGGUCUGCAGGAUGUUUUGCUAACUCCUUUUUUCUUCCCAUUUCAUUAUUAUUUUUUGGGGAUUUAUAUUGUGGUGAGACUUUUUUAUUUUAGUUUUUCAGUAAGAUGCUCUUGUGUGUUGAAAAAGUGAAACUAUUGUUUUGUACUGUUCUUUUCUGUUACUAUUUAAGGGAGAGCUAAGCCACUAUAUAUCAUAGAUGUUGCAUACACUUUUUCUUAGAAAAUUUUAUGUUUCUGUGGCUACAGUAAAGUGCAGGAGGCAUCCAGGUUACACCUUCAGAAAAGUUAAAGACAGAACAGCUGUUAGCCCUUGGAAUAAUAAAAUAGGCUCAUGUAAUGAGCUUUGCCAGCCAUUAAACUAAAUCUGUAUAAUAAAGCAGGUCUCAUUUAAUGGCUUGAUUCAACAAGCCAUUUAAGCACUUGCCUGACUUUACUGUAUAUGAAUUAUCUUACUGAAGUCAAUGCAACUCUUCAUGCUUAAAGUUGAGGAUAUUUUAAGAAGCUUGCUGAAUUAAUGGCCUUAAAUACAAAAUUUAACUUCUAACCCUUCCUGUCCCCGUUCUGUUUCCUGAAGUCUUGCAGCAUGAAGAAAAAGAUAAUACUGCCAGCCUUGAGUAGUUUGGGCUGAAGGUUAUUGUAUUCUGUUCCACCACAAAUAAAAGCAAGAAUGUGGUUUUCUGUGUAUAA